AUGUCCUCGUCAAUACCCCCACCAGUGGUACCCAACACUAAAUCAGAAUCACCGCCUGAUUCACCGCAAUACGUGAUACCAAUAACACCAAAUUUGCCAAAAUCUCCGCCCGAUUUCAAUGGUACCAGAAGUUUCGAUCACAAUGACCCGAAAUAUCAGUGCUGCUGCCGCCAUAUGCAUAUCACUGUUCGUUUUAGUGUAUUUUUGCCAUUGAAUUAUUCGAAAUACUUGAAAAUAUUGAUAAAUAAUAGGCAAUUAGUGAUCGAAACGUCUUAUGUAGCGCAAACGUUGGCUGCCCGAGUGGUCUCGGUGGCUUAUUUAUGCGGUGCAGUGCUCAAUGUCUUCCUGGCUAUUGCUACACAAGGUACCACUCUAGCAUUCUAUUCCGUUGCAUCGUUCGCAUUCGCUCUCGCAAUCUUCGGCACACUAAUUUAUGGCAUUUUCAAGGAAAAACGUCCUUUCAUUCUGCCAUACAUGAUUUUUCAGGUAAAUUUACUUUCUGCGCUGUGUGAUAAUUUUACAGAAAGUCAAUUUUUCGUCUAA